AUGGGCUGCUUCUCGGAUAGCUGCCGGGGUGUGCAUGUGGUGCGCAGCCUGCAGCAGCAGCAGCAGCAGCAGCAGCAGCAGCAGCAACUGCAGCAGCAGCAGCAGCAGCAGCAGCGGCAGCAGAGGAAGAAGCACUCUGUCUCCUACCUGCUGAUGUGGAGGCGUCGCCGCACGGGAACUGCAACAUCGACAACAGCAGCAGCAGCAGCAGCAGCUGCUGCUGCUGCUGCUGCUGCUGCUGCUGAAGCACCCACAAGCAAUCCAGCAGCCUGUCUCCUACCUGCUGAUGUGGAGGCGUCGCCGCACGGGAACUGCAACAUCGACAACACUGAUGUGGAGGCCCUGCAGCAGCAGCACCAGCAGCAGCAGCAACUGCAGCAGCAGCAGCAGCAGCAGCAGCAGCAGCGGCAGCAGAGGAAGAAGCAUUCUAAGCAGCUGGAGCUGCAGCGGCAGCUCCUGCUGCAGCUGCAGCUGCAGCACGAAACUCCACCUCUCUGUCUCGGCGAGGCUGCUGCUGCUCCUUGCAGCAGCAGCAACAGCAGCAGCAGCAACAGCAGCAACAGCAACAGCAGCAGCUGCAGCAGUUCAUCGCCUGCUGCAGCUGCCACAGGUUUAGUGCAAGCAGUGGCAGCAGCAGCAGCAGCAACAGAUACGUAUACAGAAGUGUGUGCUGCUGCAGCAGAUGCAGCAGCAGCAGCAGCAGGCAAUCAACGAGAAGAUGAACUGCAGCAGCAGCAGCAGCAGCAGCAGCAGCAGCAACGAAGUGACAGCGUAUUGGCAGCAAACCCUUCGACAGCAGCAGCAGCAGCAGCAGCAGGAACAGCGGCCAUUGACGCUACAACAAAUGCAGCAGCAGCAGCAGCAGCAGCAGCAGAAGCGGCAUCAGCAGCAGCAGCACUCUCAAAGGAGGUGACUGCAGCAGAAGAAGCUGCUGCGGGGACAGCAGCGAAUACAGCAGCAGCAGCAGCAGCAGCAGCAGCAGCAGCAGCACCAGCAGCAGCACCAGAAGCAGCAACAGCAGAAGCAGCAGCCCCUGACAGCGAAUGGGAUGCAACUGCUGCAGCUGCUGCUGCUGCUGCUGCUGCUGUUGCUGUGUCUCUAUGUGACGAAGAAGCAGCAGCAGCAACUUCAUUAGAAAGCAGCAGCAGCAACAGCAGCAGCUGCGUGUCGCUUGAAGACCUUGACAGAUACAGCAGCAGCAACAGCAGCAGCAGCAGCAGCAGCAGCAGCAGCAGCAAACACAGGAGACGGAGCUGCACGGUCGGGGGCUGGGUCCGCGAUGACCUUCCCCUGCAGCGGCACCGAAGCUGCAGCAGCAGCAGCAGCAGCAGCAGCAGCUACAGCAGCAGCAGCAGCAGCAGCAACUGUUUGGAGCUUGAAAGGAUGCUGGCGGAGGCCCUUAACAUUGGCCCCCCUCGCCGGGGCUGGGGCAGGCCAGCAGCAACAGCAGCAGCAGCAACAGCAGCAGCAGCAACAGCAGCAGCAGCAACAGAAGCAGCAGCAGCAGCAGCAGCAGCAGCAACAGGCGCAGCAGAAGCAGCUGCAGCGGCAACAGGCGCCGCUGCAACAACAGCAGCAAAAUCGCUGUCUGAUCCUCAUACCCAAUGCAGCAACAUGAAUAACAGCAGCAGCAGCAGCAACAGCAGCAGCUGCAGCAGCAGCAGCUGCAGCAGCAGCAGCAGCAGCAGCAGCAGCAGCAGCACAAUGCAGCUCAGUUAUGCCUCUUCUCUCUCAGGCGUUGAUAAGGCCUUCAGCUCCCGCUGCUUCAAGGGUACAAAUGAGGCAGCAGCAGCAGCAGCAGCAGCAGCAGCACCUUCAGCAGCAGCAGCAGCUGCUGCUGCUGCUGCUGUUGCUGCUGCUGCUGCUGCUCUGUGCGAGGAGCAGCCCUACACCAGCAGCAGCGGCGGCAGCAGCACGCGCUGCAGUGUCUCAGAGGAAACGUCUCCUGCUGCAGCUGCUGACAGCAGCAGCAGCAGCAGCAGCAGCAGGUGUGCAGAGUGGAAGAGCAGCAAUGUAUUUGCUGCAGCAGCAGCAGCAGCAGCAGCAGCAGCAGCACCCCGGGUUGGUGCUGCAACGUGUUUGUCUUCUUCGUCUGCUGCUGCUGCUGCUGCUGCACCAUCGCCUUUAGGAUUGCCUUGCUGCUGCUGCAGCUCACUGCAGCAGCAGAUGGACUCGGACCCUGCAGCAGCAGCAGCAGCAGCAGCAGCAGCAGCAGCAGCAGGGGAGGGGUGCCCCCAGUGUCUGACGGACUGCAGCGAUGUUGAUGAGUUCCUUACUCCUUCUCUCAGCCUGCUGCAGCACGCACCUUCUGCUGCUGCUGCUGCUGCUGCUGCUGCUGCUGCUGGUGAAUCAACUACCCCCAGCUGCUGCCGCAGCAGCAGCAGCCCCUGCAGCAGCAGCAGCACCCCCUGCAGCAGCAGAUGA